GAGAGCUGGGGACUUCCCUUUCGGUCCCACCCCCACUUCCUCCCCGAGCCUGGGCUCACUGGAGAUGUUGAGCGUGAUGGAUUUCUCCUGCCAGGACUCGCCGUAUGCCAAGUACCAGGAGAGCUGCGAGCUGCGAGCGGAGGAGCUGCCGGGCUCAGCCCCGCAGGAGCAGCAACUUCUGGCGGGGCAGCAGAGGGAGGCGGCGGCCGAUUUCCUCGAAGGAGAAUUCAUGGGCUCCACAAUAAACGGGGAAACGGCGGAUUACUUCUUCCUAGGCAGCCAGCCGGCCCCAGCGCUCAGCUACACGGGCAGCUUUCUCAUCAAGGCCAUGCCGGAGCAGCCCCACGACCAAGAAUCCCUCUUCAACCUUAUGUCGGGCAUCCUGGGCCUUUCUCCGUUCCCUGGCUCCGAGGGCCACCAGAGGCAACUGGACGCUCUCUACUCGGUCCCCGAAGCCAUUCAGAACCACCUGGACCUUUACUCCACCUGCCAGCCUGAACUGAAUCUCUCUGUCCAGCCCCCCUUCGCUGAGCAGGGCUACCCCGCCUUCCCCGCCCUGGAGAAUGCGCCCCAAGUCCCAGCCUCCCCGAGCGUAGGCAGCUCCGGGCAGUGUCUCUUUGAGGCAAAACUGUUGGAAAACAAGCAGGACAUUAAGAUUCCCCCCAUGGCUCCAGCCCUGGACAAAUUUAAGGUUUCCUGCUCCCAAUGGGAGCCACUCGCUCAACCUCAGAACUACUUGCCAGAUGGCUACCAGACCUCCGAGUCCUUCCAGCCCCCGGAAAGUAGCCAGGCCAUGUUCCACCCCCUCGGAUCCAAAAUGGAAAACGUGUUGUCCGUCAGCUGCCGGUCAGAGCUCCGCAGCCCGGCUGAAGCCUCGGGGACCUACAGCAAUAACUUAGGUUUCAGUUGCGAGCCAGAAAGUUUCCAGAAUCUCGGCAGCCAGGGGCAGAUUCCCAGCGACUUCGGUGAGGCCAAGCUCCAUAACCUCCCACCGCAGUUAAUGCAAGACUUCGACUCCUCCUUGGCCCAACCCGAGGUCGUGCCAAGCUUAAUGAACCCAACCGAGCUCCUCCACCGCCACCAGUCCCCGUCAGUCCCUAGAGCAGACUUUCUGGCCCAUCCCUCCACCUCCUCAGCCAACCCCAACAUCCUAACCGAGCCAAAGAAGAGAACCCGCAGGACCAAAUGCUCCUCCAAAUGCUUCUGCCCUAAGCCGCACGAGAAGUCCUUCGCCUGCCCCGUGGAGAACUGCAUCAGGAGCUUCGCCAGGUCGGACGAGCUCAACCGGCACCUCCGGAUCCACACCGGCCACAAGCCUUUCCAGUGCCGCAUCUGCCUCCGGAACUUCAGCCGCAGCGACCACCUCACCACCCACAUCCGGACGCACACCGGGGAGAAGCCCUUCUCCUGCGACAUCUGCGGCCGCCGGUUUGCCAGAAGCGACGAGAAGAAGAGACACAGCAAAGUCCAUUUGAAGCAGAAAGCGAGGACCGAGGAGAAGCUCAAAGGCCUCGGCUUCUAUGCGGUGGGGCUGUCAUUUGGGACCCUCUGAAGCCCAACUGGGAGCCCCGAUUAAUGUCGUUUUCUGGGGUGAGCCCGGUCACACCUCGCUGAAGGGAUCAGGCUGGAGAGUCCAUCUCCAAAUGGCUCCUGGGUGGCAGUGGCGAAGACCAUGACAACUGGUGGCGUGCAGGGAUCGCUCCAUCUGGCGAUUCAUUCUGCCCAGAGAGAAGGCGCUUUAGAUGUACAUAAGUGUUACGAUGGGAUCCAGGGGCGAUGCACACUCCAUGUGCACAGUCACUGCUGGAGGAAACCAAGAGAUCUCGGAAGUGAAGGAGAAAGCAGAGGAAUAAUCCGCGCUACAGGCAGUCACGCAGUUUCAGCACCACGCCGGGUGGACAGCUCCAGCUAGCGGGGGAGCUGCGCGGGGCAAAGGACGUUUGCAAACUGCAGUUUUAACUUCAGUUUCCAGAAAGAGAAACGUGCAGAAAGAAACCCUGCCCACAUUUUAGACGAAUAACACUACGCACUUGUUCAGGCUGCAUUUUUAAUAAACUGAAUCCGAUUUACCUUGCUAAGCACUUUACUGAACUCCCUGAAUAAUCCA